UGCGCGUGGGAACCCCUGGCUCGGGCUGCCGGGCUCUCGCUUUGCCUUUGUCGCAUUUCACGUCCGCCCUCUUCCCUUUUGUUCCUUGCAUCAACCAUCUCGCCAUAACGCUCCUUUAGUUUUUUCUCAUUAAUUCUGUUGGCAUCCUUCCUUUAUACCCUUUAUAGUUACCAACGAUUCAGCGUACGACACCGCCUAACCGACUUUACCACGUUGCACCGAACGGCGCCGACACUUCCGAUCUCUCUCUUCUCCCCCCGUUAUUCCCAUCUUCGAUCAACGACACACACACACUCACACUACUCAAGAUGCCGUCGCCUCGCCGAUUACGCCUUCUGGUGCUCGCUGCCAUCGUAACAGUUGUAUUCGUUCUCUUCUACACGUCAGGAGUCGAUUCCGGCGAGGGCAGCUUCAUGGACAAGACCCUGAAGGCGAUGCACCCACAAGGCCAGAGCAUCAUCAAUACAAGGACAGGAGAACAAGCAGGACACAUUCCGGCAGACACCGAUGCCGACGGCGAUAUAGACGCAGAUGAUAUCAAGGCCAAGGAGGAUCUCAAGGCUUCGCUGCAGAAAACCGAGAAGGUCGCGCUCGACAACGCCAACAAGAAGUCCCCCGUCAAACCCGACCCCCCAAGCAAGGUCGUCGGUCAGGGCAACUCUCGAGACGGCCAGGCAAAAGAUGUCAAGCCUGCCGCGGACGAUAGCGAAUCCAAAAACGAUGCGGUCAAGGAGGCUACUGGUCCCUUUGAUGCCAAGAAAGAACUAAAGCGUAUUCUCGACAAGGCACCAGUCGUUAUUUUCUCAAAAACAUACUGCCCUCACUCGAAAAAGGCCAAAAAUAUUCUUCGCGAAAAAUAUAACAUUGACCCUGCUCCGUUCGUCUUCGAGCUUGAUCUAAUCGAUUCCGAUAACGCUUCAGCGCUGCAAGACGAACUCAUGGCUAAGACCGCCCGCCGUACAGUUCCCAAUAUCCUCAUCAAGGGUGUUAGCAUUGGUGGUGCCGAUCUGGUGGAAGAAAUGGACAGGAAUGACGAGCUUGAAGAGAAGAUCCGAAAGCUUGGCAAGCCCAACGUCAAAAUCUCACACCUUCUGGAACCAGCUAGUGGUCAUCACUGAUUGAUAUCCCGAUAGCUGAAGAACAUUUUGCUAGGAUUUGGUAAUAGUAUUUCCUGCUGGGACUGAAACGUUGGGGGUUCUGCUCGUUUCUCGCGGCGUUGGGGAAGGACACUUAUAGUACAUGACACGGGGGUCAACAUAUCGCAGUUUAAUACACGACAUUUCUAAUUAUCAUUAUUCCGUCAUCCAGCAAUGAACACUCUUUUAGCUUUCCGUCAAACGUCAGAGAGAUCGCCAGUACUAAACGUCAGAUAACAAAUACUCUUCCCGGGUAGCAAUCCUGUCCUUUCGCCAUACCCGACUGUGUAGGUGCAUAAUAGGCGAGAUGAGGUGUCCUAAAUAAGCCUUAAAUUGUGGCCAUGUGGAUAUUUUAUCGAAACGUUUUAUCCGGGUGGUUAAACGGUAUAAGUGCCAACACAAUAGCUUCAAUGUAGUACGAUUGCCUCGUCACAACGUCCUCAGUCAACAGUCCUACAGAGCCGCCUUGGUGCUUGGAGUUUGUCUUUCCAUACAGCAAAUCGUCUGCGUGGCCUAAUUCCAUGCCUCCCCUCACCAAUUUUGCGGUCUCCUGGGGUAAAAAGUACGCCGAGGUUCUCGCUUUGCCCUCUUUCCCCUCUCUGUUGACAAUGGCCAUCCAGGCAAACGAUUGCAGCAAGGUGCCCUCCCAGUCGUCCACCCCGCCUUCUAAACCAAUCCAAUAGUCGGCACGCGGCUGAAGCUCUUUGGCGGAGCGGGCUCUAUUUAAUGCUCCUUGAAGGGUCUCUCUGUCUGAGAAUGGCUGGUCCGGGACGCCAGAGGGGACGCUGAGUGUUUCAUACUGAAAUGUUGCCGUGGGGAAUACGCGCGCGAAGGCUUCUUUCGUGGCAGCAAGCUUAACUGGGUUUUUGGACGCCACCACAACUAGAAUAGGGGCUUCUGACAUGGCUGCUGCUUAUUUGAUGGGGAUGGGAUGAACGGCUGAGAAGAUGUUUGUACUGCGGCCGAGUAUGAAAGACGCAGGUGUCACGUGGACCACGGAGCAUGCCCGGAAGAUCAUCACGGAAA